CCCUUGACCUUGCCGUCUUUGCGCGCGCGCUAUGUGUAGGGAGUGAAGACACGUGGUAUUCAUCUUAACGACCACGUGAUCGCGUCAUCAAAUCGGGGUGAUGCCACGUGUUUUCUCCGGGGAGUGGAUGAGAUGAUGGAGUGCAAAGAAUCGUGGGGGGUCGUUGUCGGAGGAAAAGGAGUUUGCAGAGCGGAAGAGAAGAGAAGAGAUUAGAGAUUAGAGAUUGACAUGCGUCCAUACAUUGGGUAACCGCGAUGGGCUUUUGCAUUUUGCUCAAUGGAUCGGGCUGAUGGCAUAGACGUCGUCCAUGUUUUGUCAUAAGCUCGCAUAGAUCAGCAAAGGAUAUCUACAUAUACAUCUGUCUAUGUAUCUAUAUGCAUAUGUAUCCGAGACCAUCGGGAUCGCUACUGGUUGGUAUCGGCAACCGCUGGUUCGUUUAGGUUAGCGAUGGCGGCAGCAGCAGCAGGGAAGUACGAAGAAUGCAGUGGUGCCCGUCCUCUCGGGAAGAAGAAAACCUCUGUAGCGAUGGAGGAUCAAAUGCUCGGAGACGAGGAGGAACACGAAGCAACCGUGCGGCCAUUGGUGGCAAGAACAGGCGUAGCGACUGAAGAAGAGGAGGAGAGAGAAGAAGAAGAAGAAGAAGAAGAAGAAGAAGAAGAAGAAGGCAUCAGGGAGAAGACAGGCAUGAAGGCGGGAUUUAGGAGUCUGAAGAAGGAUGUGCAUUGUUGUAGUAAGGAAGAGAAGGAGACGAAAGAAGAAGAAGAAGAAGAAGAAGAAGAAGAAGAAGAAGAAGAAGAAGAUAGGAGGGAGAAGAUAGACACGAAGGGGGAUUCUAAAAGUAUGAAGAAGGAUGCGCAGGGAUGUAAUAAAGAGGGAGAUGGCAGACGUGAUGAUGCCAUUGCCAUGACAAGGGAUGGUGAGGGUGAGAUCGGAGAAGAGAGGGGAAAGAAGAAGAAGAAGGUAAGAGGAAAGGGGAAUGGGGAUGGACGGAGUGGGGAGGGAGGAGGAGAUGAUGCGAGGGGGGAACUGGACCUGGGCAACGAGGAAGAAAAGGAAAUGUCGAGGACAGUGAAGAAGAAGCAGAAGAAGCAGAAGGGUUUAACGAAAAAGAAGCUGGAAAAAAUGCAGAAGGAGUACAAGCGACGAGGGAUCGUUUAUCUUAGCAGGAUACCUCCCAAUCUCAAACCGUUGAAGUUGAGGCAGAUGCUUUCUCAGUAUGGAGAGGUUCUGCGAAUAUAUCUGGCUCCCGAGAAGGCUAUGGUCAGAAGGCAUCGCAAGCGCUCUGGAGGUGAUAGAGGGAAGCAUUACACUGAAGGGUGGGUGGAGUUUGCAAACAAGCGGGUGGCAAAGUCGGUCGCUGAAAUGUUAAAUGGAGAACCUAUGGGAGGCAAACGGCGGUCCGCAUUCCAUUUUGAUCUGUGGAAUAUUAAAUACCUCCACAGGUUUAAGUGGGACAACCUCACGGAAGAGAUCGCGUAUCGAAAUGCUGUGCGGGAACAAAGGUUGGCAGCUGAGAUCUCUGUUGCGAAGAAGGAACGGGACUUUUACCUUGCCCGUGUCGACCAGUCCAAGGGAAUCUCAGAAAUGGAGGCAAGAAGGAAGAAGAGGCAGGCGAGGUCAGAAGAGCACGGUGAUAGCCCUCAAGUUGCAGGGGCAUCAGAAGCAGGAAAGAGUCCAGCAGAGAAGAAGACUGAGGGCCCCGUGAAGGUGCUGCGUAAAUUCGCCCAGAAAAGGGGUUUGACUGAUUCUGUGGCAGAGGAGACCCCUAGGCUCCCCAUGGAUCUUUUAGAUGGAAUCUUUGGAGGAAGCCGCAGCAGCCCUGAUGGACCGGAAAAGAAACGGAUUAAGGAACACUGAUCGCUUGCUCGUUGGCCGGUAUGCAUUCUUUUUCCUCCUGGCGACACGCUAUGCUUCCAUCAUGUC